GGCGCGGAGUUGGGUCCGCCCGCUUCGAGCUGUGACGGUGCAGACACGCGUGAGUCCCGAACUCUUGCCGGAGCUCCCGCUGCACACUCAGGCGCCCUUCUCACCCGGACAGGCUUUUGUGUCCCGGGACGAGGACCUCCUGACUCGCCAGAGAGCUUCCCUCCCCAAACCUCCCUCAGCUCCCGACACCGCCCCCGGCCCCCGCCCCCCGCCAAGGGUCGGAGGAGAAGAGCCCCCCUCUCGAAGCCUUGUCCCGCUCGGGAGGCCCGACCGGCCGGCGCGGGCAAUCUUUGCCCCAGCAAGUCCUUGAAAUCUAUAUUUAGUGCACGCCACCCCUCCCCCACGUCGGAGGCAGGCGGGCGGGGAGGGGGACCCCGCCCCCGCCAGGCGUGUGUGUCGUGUGUAUUUGCGUCCCGCGCGUGUUGUGCGCCCUCCGCCUCUGUGCCUCCCACCCCCGAGGCCCGGCUGCUGCCCCAGCACCCGUCGCCCCUCCGGGCGUCACGGGCCAACAUGGGCCAGGAAGAGGAGCUGCUGAGAAUCGCCAAAAAGCUGGAGAAGAUGGUAGCCAGGAAGAACACGCCCUCCUCUUUCCGACUAAGACCACUCGAUGACCAGAGAGGGACCUGGGGCAGAACCCACGGCCCUCAGUUCUCACCUUGUGGCCUCCCACAGGAAGGGGCCCUCGACCUCCUGAAGAAGCUGAACAGCUGUCAGAUGUCCAUCCAGCUACUCCAGACAACCCGGAUCGGAGUCGCCGUGAACGGGGUUCGGAAGCACUGCUCCAACAAGGAGGCCGUGUCCUUGGCCAAAGUCCUCAUCAAAAAAUGGAAGCGGCUGCUAGAAUCCCCUGGGUCCCCCAAAGGAGGAAAAGGAGAGGAAGGAGAAAAAGCCAAGAAGAAAGAAAAAGAACUUGCCUGUUCCAGCUGGAAGCCAGAGGCAGGCCUUUCUCCACCAAGGAAGAAACAAGGGGAAGAGCCCAAAGACAGGAGAGACUCUGUGGAUUCCAAGUCUUCAGCCACUUCCUCUCCAAAAAGACCAUCAAUGGAAAGAUCAAACAGCAACAAGUCGAAAGCAGAGACCUCCCCCAGGACCCCCAGCAGCCCCUCGAGCCCCAGCUUCGCCCCCUCCGUCUGCCUCCUGGCGCCCUGCUAUCUCACCGGGGACUCUGUCCGGGACAAGUGCGUGGAGAUGCUUUCGGCGGCCUUGAAGGCAGAUGAUGAUUACAAGGACUACGGAGUCAACUGUGACAAGAUGGCAUCAGAAAUCGAAGAUCAUAUCUACCAGGAGCUCAAGAGCACAGACAUGAAGUACCGGAACCGCGUGCGCAGCCGAAUCAGCAACCUCAAGGACCCCAGGAACCCUGGCCUGAGGCGGAACGUGCUCAGUGGGGCCAUCUCCACCAGCCUCAUUGCCAAGAUGACAGCAGAGGAAAUGGCCAGUGAUGAGCUGCGGGAGUUGAGGAAUGCCAUGACCCAGGAGGCUAUCCGUGAGCACCAGAUGGCCAAAACAGGCGGCACCACCACUGACCUCUUCCAGUGCAAGAAAUGCAAGAAGAAGAAUUGUACCUACAACCAGGUGCAGACACGAAGCGCUGAUGAGCCCAUGACUACCUUCGUCUUAUGCAAUGAGUGCGGCAAUCGCUGGAAGUUCUGCUGAUAGACCUGCCAGCCAGGAUUUCAGUGAACAAGUUGAGGAAGAACAAAGAGAAAGCACUAAGCCAUCACAACUGGAGAAAAAAAUAAAAAAUGAAACUGGAAAAAAAAA